AUGCCUGGUCCUCCACCACCUCCGCCGCCGCCGCCUCCCCCUCCACCUGGGGCAGGCUUUGGUGGUCCUCCUCCCCCUCCACCACUCCCUGGGAAUUCUAAAUCUGCAGGGCCACCCAAAGCAGCAAUGAAAGGACGGGAUGCUCUAUUGGGAGAUAUCACCAAAGGAACAAGACUCAAGAAGGCUGUCACCAAUGAUCGAUCCGCACCUGUGAUAGAGAACAAGGGCGGUGGAGGUGGUGGCGGAGGUCCUGUGCCAGGAGCACCUCCAGUGCCCGGAAUGAGGGCGCCCAGUGGACUUGCACCACCACCUCCCAGUGCAAACCGAGCACGCAGCAAUAGUGAUAGUGGGCAGGACACCUCCAUGGCUGCUCCGCCUCAACUGGGUGGCCUCUUCGCCGGCGGCAUGCCAAAGCUGAAAAAGACUCGGGGUGGAAUCAAUACAGGGGCAGAUGGUGCAGAUGGACCACAUUCUGACUCGGAAACCAGCAGACCAACCCCUCGACUCCCAGUCAGUGCAGCACCUCGUCCGCCUUCUAUGCCUGCUCCCUCUAUCCCAAGUUUCAGACCACCUCUCCCAGGAUCCAUAGACUCGGCGCCAGCAGUACCUAGUCCGCUCGCCAGCCUCAAGAAGGUUCCUCCGAAACCACUGGCCAAACCUUCAUCUAUUGCCAACUUGGCAGCAGGAAAACCACCACCUCCUCCACCUACAGCAAGGAAGGUCAGCAGUUUUGCGCCUCCCCCAGCACCUCCGCCGCCUCCGCCUCCGGCUUCUUCAACUUCUUCUUCAGGAUUUGCUCCUUCAGCACCUCCACCUCCACCACCUCCGCCACCCUUCAGCUCAGCUCCCACCCCUCCAGUACCCAGUUUCGCGCCACCAGCUCCUGGCCCUCCUCCGCCACCUCCCCCUCCUCCACCAUCCAGUUCAAGUCCAGCACCCUUUUCAGCACCUCCUCCGCCGCCUCCGAUGCCACCUUCGGCAGCACCUAGAGCGGCAGCACCUCCCCCGCCGCCUCCACCACCCCCAGGACCACCACCCCCUCCAACGUCACAUCCGUCAACAAAUGGCGCGGGCGCAUCACUGGCAAUGAAGGCGGCUACAACCGCUUUCGGGAGACAGUCUUCUUAUUCGGCAACCGAAGCUCCCCCGUCGCCCUCAUCACCCGUCUCUCCACCAGGAUCAAGGCGGAUGACCCAAUUACCUUCCAGGUCUACUUUGGAUGCUAGUUCUUACACUCUUUCCAAUGGGGGUGGUCUGGGUUCUCCAGGUCGAUCUGGCACAUUCAGAAUCGAGGACAAUAGAUGGAAAUUCCAAGACGAAAGCCAAUUACCACCUCCCCGUCAAUUCACUGGUGUCUCGAAAAGGUACCGUGCAGGAAGAGGUAGCAGUGUUCCGUUGGAUUUGGCAAGCUUAGAAUAG